CGUGCCGCCGCCUGGCUGCUGAGCCCCGCGACUUGUGCCACCGCCCUCAGCCUGCCCAGUACACACCUCCCGUCGCCGUCGCCCCGCCAGCACCGCCAUGGCCGUCUCCAUGCUGCACGCCCCCUCGCGGGCCUCGACCUCGUCGACUACCUCGUCCUUUGUGCCCGUCUCGCGCCAGAACACAAUGUCGUCGCACGACGGCUCGCGCUCGGUGCGCCAGUCGAAGCGCUACUCCGUCACCGCGCUGUACCUGUCCAUGUCCGCCAAGGACAAGGAGCUCGAGAUUGAAGACGAGCUUGCCCGAGCCCAGAAGAUCCUGCGCGAGCUGAAGGCGAAGAUCUCGUCGCAGUCGAAGAAGAACUUCGUGCUGGAGAAGGACGUGCGCUACCUCGACUCGCGCAUCGCGCUGCUGAUCCAGAACCGCAUGGCGCUGGAGGAGCAAAAUGAAGUUGCGAGCCACCUCGAGGAUGGUCUCGAACUGCAGGAGGGAUCGUUCCCCAACGACGAGAAGACGCAGAAAUACGGCAAUCUCCUGUUCCUGCUCCAGUCCGAGCCGCGCCACAUCGCCCACCUGUGCCGACUGGUCUCAAUGGCUGAGAUUGACGCGCUGCUCCAGACUGUCAUGUUCACAAUCUACGGAAACCAGUACGAGAGCCGCGAAGAGCACUUGCUUUUGACCAUGUUCCAGUCCGUGCUCACGUACCAAUUCGACAACACACCAGACUACAGCUCGCUGCUGCGCGCCAACACACCCGUGUCUCGAAUGAUGACCACAUAUACCCGCAGAGGACCCGGCCAGAGCUAUCUCAAGGUGGUGUUGCAGGACAGCAUCAACUCUCUGAUCGAGCUGAAAGACCUGGACCUCGAGAUCAACCCGCUCAAAGUGUACGAGAAGAUGGUCCUCGAGCUCGAAGAGCAAGGGCAACUGCCAGCAAACCUCCCCAAGGGCGUCACCGCUGAGCAAGCCGCGGAGAACGAGACGGUGCAGCAGAUCAUCGCGCCCCGUGUGAACAUGCUGAUGGAGAUCGCCAACAACUUUCUCUCCACCAUCAUCAAAGGCCUCGAGGAGACGCCUUACGGCAUUCGCUGGAUCUGCAAGCAGAUUCGCAGCUUGUCCCGACGAAAGUACCCGGAUGCGCAAGACCAGACAAUCUGCACGCUGAUCGGUGGCUUCUUCUUCCUCCGCUUCAUCAAUCCGGCGAUUGUCACGCCGCGGUCGUACAUGCUGAUCGACGCAACCCCAGCCGAGAACCCAAAACGCACGCUUACCUACAUUGCGAAGAUGCUGCAGAAUCUGGCCAAUAAGCCGUCGUAUGCAAAGGAGCCGUACAUGGCCAAGCUCCAGCCCUUUGUUCACCAGAACAAGGACCGCAUCAACAAGUUCCUCCUCGACCUUUGCGAAGUGCAGGACUUCUACGAGACAUUGGAGAUGGACAACUACGUGGCGUUGUCAAAGAGGGAUCUUGAACUAUCCAUCACCCUCAACGAAGUCUAUGCGACGCAUCAACUGUUGGAGAGGCAUGCGACGGAGUUGGUAAGCUCGAAGCUUGCGCGAAGGGACGACGCCAAGGACAAGGUUACUGACUUGCUUCAGGCAAGAGACGACAGUUCGCAUCUUGGUGUGAUUCUCCAGGAGCUUGGGCCAGCACCGGCUCAACUUCCGCGCAAAGAGAACCGAGCUAUCAAUCUGCCUUUGUUCAGCAAGUGGGAAACCCCGCUUGAUGACCUCACUGCGGCGCUCGACAUCACCCAAGAAGAGAUCUUCUUUAUGGAAGCGAAGAGCACAUUUGUCAUGAUUCUGCGUUCGCUACCGCCCAAUUCGUCCAUCACCCGGAGACCGUUGCGACUGGACAGGAUUGCCGAGGCUGCCGCAACAACCAAGAACGACUCGGUUAUGGUCAAGAAGGGUAUCCGCAGCAUGGAGCUGCUGAGCCAGCUGCAAGAUCUGGGCGUCAUCGACAAAGACGAUGGCUUCUCGCUGCUCCGAGACGAAGUCGAGCAGGAGCUGGUCCACCUGGGAUCGAUGAAAGAAAAGACGAUUGAUGAGACACGAAAACUCGAGGAGGUGUAUCGCACAAUCCGCGACCACAACAACUACCUUGUCGGCCAACUGGAGACGUAUAAAUCCUACCUGCACAACGUCCGAAGCCAGUCUGAAGGCAAGACAAGAAAGCAGCAGAAACACCAGGUGCUGGGGCCGUACAAGUUUACGCACCAGCAGCUGGAGAAGGAAGGCGUCAUCCAGAAGAGCAAUGUGCCGGAGAAUAGACGGGCUAACAUCUACUUCAACUUCACCAGCCCGCUGCCGGGGACGUUUGUCAUCUCAUUACACUACAAGGGCCGCAACCGCGGGCUCCUGGAACUGGAUCUGAAGCUGGACGAUCUGCUCGAGAUGCAGAAGGACAACCAGGAAGACCUUGAUCUGGAAUACGUGCAGUUCAACGUCACCAAGGUGCUGGUCCUGCUCAACAGGCGGUUCGCGCGAAAGAAGGGAUGGUAGACUCGUCUCGUCCCGUCGCGCGAGCUGCCACGAAGACACUAUGAUACCCCCGGUUUUUGCUAUGUUGUCACCGCCGUCUGACGCCCCUUCUUACCGACGCACGUAAUCCUUGUCUCUCUACAUCUUCA